AUGGCCGCGGCCAUCGCUAGCGGCUUGAUCCGCCAGAAGCGGCAGGCGCGGGAGCAGCAUUGGGACCGGCCGUCUGCCAGCAGGAGGCGGAGCAGCCCCAGCAAGAACCGCGGGCUCUGCAACGGCAACCUGGUGGAUAUCUUCUCCAAAGUGCGCAUCUUCGGCCUCAAGAAGCGCAGGUUGCGGCGCCAAGAUCCCCAGCUCAAGGGUAUAGUGACCAGGUUAUAUUGCAGGCAAGGCUACUACUUGCAAAUGCACCCCGAUGGAGCUCUCGAUGGAACCAAGGAUGACAGCACUAAUUCUACAUUGUUCAACCUCAUCCCAGUGGGACUGCGCGUUGUUGCCAUCCAGGGCGUGAAGACAGGGUUGUAUAUAGCCAUGAACGGAGAAGGUUACCUCUACCCAUCAGAACUUUUUACCCCCGAAUGCAAGUUUAAAGAAUCUGUUUUUGAAAACUAUUAUGUAAUCUACUCAUCUAUGCUGUACAGACAACAGGAAUCUGGUAGAGCCUGGUUUUUGGGAUUGAAUAAGGAAGGGCAAGUUAUGAAAGGAAACAGAGUAAAGAAAACCAAACCAGCAGCUCAUUUUCUACCCAAGCCAUUGGAAGUUGCCAUGUACCGAGAACCAUCUUUGCAUGACGUUGGAGAAACGGUCCCGAAGGCCGGGGUGACGCCAAGUAAAAGCACAAGUGCGUCUGCAAUAAUGAAUGGAGGCAAACCAGUCAACAAAAGUAAGACGACAUAG